GUUCAGUCCGUCUGUUGUUUCAAUCUUCAAAGGCGGCGCCUUUCUUCCCUUCUCAGUCUACCAGAUGGCUAGAUGGGAUGAGAUUCUGUCUCUUCCUGUGCAGAAUCCUCCGACUUUGGAGUUUUGUGCUGCUGAUCUUGUGUGGUCCAAGGUCGAAGGCUGGUGCGACAAGAAAGAUCGAGUUGCUGUGAUCCCCUUUGCCAGAGUUGAUGAUUUUGUCAGGGGUGAAUCCGCCAACAAAGAGUGUCCAACGAAAUUUCAUGUUGAAGCGAGGCGGAAGCGGCACGCAAAGGCUAAUUUCAAACCAAAGGUUGAUGGAAUCCUUGAAUAUAUUCUAUAUUGGUGCUCCUUUGGUCCUGAUGAUCACAGGGCGGGUGGCUCUAGACGACCCAGUAGGACUCAUUUUGCCCCAAAGAAGAAAAAUUCCGGUAGACCAAACACCAAGAGAGGUUGUACCUGCCACUUUAUAGUGAAACGCUUAAUUGCUGAACCCUCAGUAGCGCUUCUUGUAUAUAAUUCUUUUAAGCAUGUGGAUAAGAAAGGAUUGCCAUGCCAUGGCCCAGAAGACAAGAUGGCAGCUGGAACGCGCGCUAUGUUUGCCCCACACAUCUCUGAGGAUCUACGCCUUCGUGUGUUAUCUUUGCUAUAUGUGGGGGUCUCUGUGGAGACCAUAAUGCAGAGACACUCUGAAUCCGUAGAAAGACAAGGUGGUCCAUGUAAUCGUGAUGACCUCUUAACCCAUAGGUCUGUUCGCAGUCAGGAGAGGAACAUUCGACGUUCUACAUAUGAAUUGGAUUCCGAUGACGCAGUUAGCAUCAGCUUGUGGGUGGAAACCCAUCAAAGUAGUAUUUUCUUCUAUGAGGAUUUCUCUGAGACGGACCCUUUCACUUUGGGCAUUCAAACAGAUUGGCAGUUGCAGCAGAUGAUUCGCUUUGGCAAUUACAGCCUAAUAGCCUCUGAUUCAAGAUUCGGAACAAACAAAUUAAAGUAUCCGGUUCAUAGUCUCCUUGUAUUUAACCAAGACAACAAGGCCAUUCCGGUAGCAUGGAUAGUGAAUCCAAAAUCUGCAAGUUCUGAUACCUAUAAAUGGAUGAGAGCUCUUUACAAUAGAGUUCAAGCGAAAGAUCCUUCAUGGAAGUUGGCUGGGUUCAUAGUGGAUGAUCCUCAGGCUGAUGUACUCACUAUCAGGGAUGUAUUUCACUGCUCAGUGCUGAUAAGCUUUUGGCGGGUUCGUCAUGCAUGGCAUAAAAACUUGGUAAGGAAAUGUUCAGAGGAGGAGAUGCGAGCUACAAUAGCAAGAAGGCUACAUCAGGCAGUGGAUAUCAUAUGUCAACGACGAGGAACUGAUGGUUUGUUUGUGGAUUUCAUGGAAGAUUUUGUUGAUGCGUCAGAUUUUGUGGAUUAUUUUAAGGCAACAUGGUAUCCUAGAAUAGGGAAGUGGACUACUGCAUUACAAAGUCUUCCUCUCGCUAGCCAGGAAACAUGUGCAGCAAUGGAGUUCUUCCACAACCAGCUGAAGCUGAGGUUAUUAAAUGAGAAGAAACCCAGUGUCUACAAUAGAGUUGAUUGGCUGGUUCAUAAGCUGGGUACCCAAGUGCAUUCCUAUUUCUGGCUUGAUGAAUACUCUGAGAAGGAUGACUUUGCACGAUACUGGAAAGAUGAGUGGGUGAGCGGUUUAACAUCUUGGCGAACAGCUUUGGAGAUUCCAGACUCUAAUGUUGUUAUUGAAGGUACAUGUGCAAAAGUUACAGACCAGCUUGACAAUGAAAAGACUUAUGUUGUUUGGAACCCUGGUUCACAAUUCGGCAUUUGCAACUGCAGUUGGGCAGAAAUGGGGAACCUGUGCGAGCAUAUACUCAAGGUUAUUAGUGUCUGCAGGAAAAGAAGUCAUCCCAUGCCAUCUGUCAACUUAUUGCAGUUCCACCAGGCCUUGCUUGAUAUGCUCCAUAUGCCACCUCAUGAUUCUUUAAUUCGUGAUCACGCUGUUUCUUUAGCGGCCUUUGUACAUAACCAGUUAAGCGGACCUAAUUCGGAAAGCAGCAAUAGCACUAUGGUGACAGCUUUAGCCGAUAAAGAUCAAGUAUUAAUAGAUGAGGGUCCAGCAAGUGAAGAGGCACAUAAUGAGAAUAGUUGUGUGGAUGAGCAUGUUGUUGUGACUACUGAAACGAGGAGUCCGUUUGCAUGUGGAAAUGGCAUAUAUAAUGAGGGCUGUGGAGAAGAAAAUACUUCUGAGAUGGAUGUUGACCCAUCAUCCAUCUGUAUUUCUCCACCUGGAUUACAUUCUGUUGAUGAGGUUGUGUCUAGUGGUGUCCUCUCAGGAAGCAGUCAGAGGCCCUUGGUUAACACAGAAACUGAAGAGCUGCUUUCAGCGGAUGAUGCUCUCUCUAAUUCAAGUGAAAAUGAGGAUGAUAUGUUAGAUGAAAAUUGCAAAGAAAAUGUAUUGAAUACAGAUCCGCUUUCCCUUGAUAUCCCAUGUUCAACUAUGGAGUUUGUGGAGCAAUGCACAGUACGCCAUCCGAAUGAUCUCCACAGCCAUGAUGUCAAUUCUGCCGUUAUUUCGAGAGUAUGUGAUGACAAUACAGUAUAUAACAAUACCUCUCCAUCUUCAUGUGUGCCUGUUGAACCACAAGCUUCAGAUGUCAAAGAAAAUGAGAGCAUGGAAAUUGAAACUGAAAACAGAAUAGACUUGGUGGAGCAUAGUGCAGUUACCUAUCCUAAUGGUAACCACAGCCAUGAAAUCGGUAUUGAGCCUGCUGUUAUUUCCAAAAGAUCUCCUAACAACACUGUUUAUGAGAAGACCUCUGCUUCUGCAUCUAUGCCUGUUGAAUUACCAAUUGUUGAAGUGGCUGAAACUUCAGAUAUCAAUUUAGAAAAUGAUACAAUGGAAAUUGAAAGUGAGAACGGAAGCACAAGUAAUCAGAAACUGUCUGCUGAUGAUCCUUCCACAUUGGACGGGGUUCGUGGUUGUAUGAUAAAUGGUUCAGAUUGUAGUCAGGAUUCAAAAUCAGUUGGCAAUGUGAUGGUUGUGUACUCAGAACCCUUGCUCAAGUUCUCAUCUACAUCAAGUUGCAACAAGGAAGAGCUGCCUGUUGAGAAUGGGGCUACUGAAACUGGAUCUGCUGAGAAGCCAUCUUCAAUCACUGAAUUUCAUCUUUAAAAGUGUAAACUUCAAGAGGGUGCUGAAAUCAUGGACAACAAUGAGGUCAUCCGUCAGCCAGUUAACAGUAACAUCAAUGUUACUUCUGCCGAGGAAAAUGCUCGAGGUGAAUCUGCUAAUGCCUUUUGAGUUUUGAUGACUACGGAGUUCAACACGGGACAGGUUGAGCGUUAAGGUUCUUGAACAAGAAAAACAAUUAGCGUUUAGGGUUUCUUCAUGUACACUCUUCAAUAGAUCAGUUUAUAUAGCGGUUGUGUUCACUCUCCUGAUUUUGAACAUUGGAGGCCAACAUAGCUGAAUUGAAGCUGUUAAGGUAGUUCAGUAGUUUGUGACUUUGUUCUAGUGAUCAAGGACUGCUUUAUGCCUUCAAUCAGAUUAGUAGGGGCUUAUAAAUGUAAGGAAAGAGAUGAGGGCUCGUAUUGAAAAUUCAUUCAAACAAGUUAUAUCACUUUACCUCAUAAUAAACUGAUUACGC